UUUUAUUCGGUGUUACUGAAAAUAACAAGUUUUCCCUCCCCAUGCAUUCAUGCUCCUCCACACCACUGAUGUAAACAAUGCCGAGCUGUCAGUGGUGAGGCGCGUCGUAGCUUCAAGGGUGUGCGCGCUCUCGACACAGCAGGAAAUAUGGCGGCGCUCAUGACUCUCACCCAGUUAUCGAGCGGAAACCCAGUUUACGAAGUCUACUACAGACAGGUGGAUCUGGGAGACACUGGGACAGUAGGAGCUGCAGAUGCUGCUCAGUUCCUGAAGAAAUCAGGCCUUUCAGACAGUACCUUAGGAAAAAUCUGGGAUUUGGCCGAUCCAGAAAGGAAGGGUUUCUUGGACAAACGGGGUUUCUUUGUAGCGUUGAGGUUGGUGGCCUCAGCUCAGGGUGGCAACGACAUCAGUCUCAACAACCUCAAUCAGACUCUAGCAGCACCCAAGUUUAGAGACACAAAUACUCCGUUGCUCAGCACAUCGCUGAGUACACCUUCAUCUGAUUCCCACUGGGCUGUAAGGUCUGAUGAAAAAAGGAAGUUUGAUGGCAUCUUUGAAAGUCUUCUACCAGUCAACGGUCUUUUGUCUGGAGACCAAGUCAAACCUGUCCUGAUCAACUCCAAACUACCCAUGGAUGUGUUAGGAAGGAUUUGGGACCUCGGUGACGUGGAUAAAGAUGGACACUUGGACAGAGAGGAGUUUUCAGUGGCCAUGCACCUGGUGUACAGGGCUAUGGAGAAGGAGCCUGUCCCUUCCGUCCUGCCCUCCUCCCUCAUCCCUCCAUCCAAGAGGAAGAAGUCUGCGGGGGCUCUGCCUGGCGCCGUCUCCGUCCUGCCUCCCUUGUCUGCCCUCGCAGGCCUGUCUGGUCUGUCUCGGACAGCCAGCUCUCCUCCCCUGCCCGGCGCUGUAGCGGCUCUGCCUGGCUUGUCUGGUCUGUCUCGGACAGCAAACUCUCCUCCUCUCAAAGACACCUUACACUCCACCCCAGCUCACAGAAGCAUCACCUCCAUCAACAGCGCUGGCAGUCUCUCUCCUAAACCUUCGUUCAAAGCCCCCUCACAGCCACCUGCGGUAGUGAACUGGGUGGUCCCGAUGGCAGACAGAGGACGUUAUAAUGACAUCUUCCUGAACACAGACACAGACAUGGACGGUCUUGUCACCGGAGGGGAAGUCAUGGAGAUCUUUAUGCUGUCCAACCUUUCUAAGACCAUGCUGGCACAGAUCUGGGGUCUGGCUGACACCAAGCAGACAGGAAAGCUGUCCAGAGAGCAGUUCUCUUUGGCCAUGUGGCUGAUCCACCAGAAAGUCAUCACCGGAUUGGACCCUCCCCAGACCCUCUCCCCCGAAAUGAUACCCCCCUCUGAGAGGACCACCACCUCUGUUCUUGACAGCAGCAGUUCUACAGAGUCAGCUGACCUGACAGGCAUCAAAGAGCUGGAUGACAUCAGUCAGGAAAUCGCCCAGCUGCAGAGAGAGAAGUAUACUCUGGAGCAGGACAUCAGGGACAAAGAGGAAGCCAUCAGACAGAAGAACAAGGAAAUUCAGGAGAUGCUGGAGGACCUGGACCAGGAGAGCGGUGGUCUGCAGGACCUGGAGGCCCAGAAGCAGGAUGCUCAGCAGCAGCUGGAGGAGAUGGACCAGCAGAGGAACAAGCUGGAGGGCAUGCUAAAAGACGUUCACCUGAAGUGUCAGGAUCAGUCCACCCUGAUCUCAUCCUUACAGACCCAGAUCCACAGUCAGGAGUCUGACCUGCAGAGUCAGGAGACUGAGCUGAGUCGUACCAAGUCUGACCUGAACAAACUGCAGUUGGAGGAGAAGCAGCUAGAGCAGAACCUACUGACCGGACGCAUGCAGUUAGACUCCAUCAUCAAGUCACUCAAGGCCACCCAGGAUGAGAUUAACCAGGCUCGUAGUAAGCUUUCUCAGAUCCAGGACAGUCAACAGGAGGUGACUAAGACUAUAGAGCAAUACAACAACGCUCUGAACGGUACCCACAGCCAGACUCAUGCUGGCAGCAUGACCAACCUGGCAGACAUGAGCGAAGUAGGAUUCUCAGAGAGGGAGAACGGAGAAUUUGGCGCCAGGAAUCAGGAGGACUCUUUCAAAUCGAGGAUAGCCAUGUUCAGCAGCAACAAAUCAACACCAGAACCCCUUCCUGCAGCAGACCCCUUCCAGACAGAGGACCCCUUCAAAUCAGACCCCUUCAAAGAUCCAUUUGAAGCCGAGGAUCCCUUCAAAGAGAGUGAUCCAUUCAAGGGUGCUUCCUCAGACUUCUUCAAGAAAACGACCGAUGUGUUUGCCUCAGCAGAUCCCUUCAGUAGAAAACCUACUCCCCCCAUCAAGCCUGGUGGCAGUCUGUCGGGUAGCAGGAAUCUCUUAACCUCCCACAGCCCCCGGCCCAGCCCCAAGCCUACAGAUGGCUUCGGAACAGUGGACCCUUUCGGUGGCAACGCUUUUGGAGGAAAGAGUGGAUUCGCAGACUUCAGUCAAAUGUCUAAAAAGAAACCAAUCAACCCUGUGCUACCACCUAAGAACACACCUAACAGGCCUGCGCCUCCUUAUGGACUGGAAAGUGUCAAGUCAGGAAGUGAGUCAGAGCAGCUGGCGUGGGCGAAGACGGAGACUCCGCCCACAGGAACAGGAGAGACUGAGGAGACUCCGCCCACAGGAACAGGAGAGACUGAGGAGACUCCGCCCACAGGAACAGAAGGACCCGGACCUGGCCAUCGCCCUCAGCACGGAUAAAAUCUAAGAACCCUAUUAGACUCACAACAAUAACCACAGUCCUGUUAGACACUCACAACGACACACACCUCCUGACCACAGUCCUGUUAGACACUCACAACGACACACACCUCCUGACCACAGUCUGGUUAGACACUCACAACGACACACACCUCCUGACCACAGUCCUGAUACAAGCUGAAUAAAACCAUGCAACUGACUGAUAUCAUACAGUACAGCACAACAAACAGCUUCACCACGACCAACAGUUUCUCAACAGCCCAAAUACUACCGUCUGAUUAGAGCCUGAGGACAGUGUGUCUUCAGACUAGACUACAACACUUGUACACCCCCAAUAUAAACCAGAGUACACCCUAACAACAACUACAACUUCACCCUGACAACAACUACAACUUCACCCUGACAACAACUACAACUUCACCCUGACAACAACUACAACUUCACCCUGACAACAACUACAACUUCACCCUGACAACAACUACAACUUCACCCUGACAACAACUACAACUUCACCCUGACAACAACUACAACUUCACCCUGACAACAACUACAACUUCACCCUGACAACAACUACAACUUCACCCUGACAACAACUACAACUUCACCCUGACAACAACUACAACUUCACCCUAACAACAACUACAACUUCACCCCGACAACUACAACUUCACCCCGACAACUACAACUUCACCCCGACAACUAUAACGUCACCCCGACAACUAUAACGUCACCCCGACAACUACAACGUCACCUUGACAACAACUACAACGUCACCCUGACAACAACUACAACUUCACCCUGACAACAACUACAACUUCACCCUGACAACAACUACAACUUCACCCUGACAACAACUACAACUUCACCCUGACAACAACUACAACUUCACCCUGACAACAACUACAACUUCACCCUGACAACAACUACAACUUCACCCCGACAACAACUACAACUUCACCCCGACAACAACUACAACUUCACCCUGACAACAGCCUCCCGCUGCAGCUCCGUGACGUUCUGACAACAGCCCCUCUAGACUGUGUCCCAAUCAUCCCCUGAACCCUGCGCCCAAAUUUGCCCCUGAACCCUGCGCCCAAAUCGGCCCCUAAACCCUGCGCCCAAAUCGGCCCCUAAACCCUACGCCCUAUGCUAAUCUCAGAGGAUUUGACAGGGGUAAGUAAUCUGGCAAUAGCUCCAGCGUGCUCUCUGAUAGGCUAGGUGGAAGUUCCACUAUAUUGCUUAUACCGAUCAAAUCCUCUCCGAUCUCUACCAGUGCAUAUGGUGUAGGGUUCAGGGGUCGAUUUUUGGAUUGGGCCUAGGACUUGAGGAUGGGAUGGCAGCCCCUCUACCGAUUUCAGCUCCGCUGAAGCCAGACUUUAUCAACACUAACCUACCAAAGCCUCUCUUUUAACCUCUUUGUCAUCGUCAGCCUCAGUGGUUAAUUCCAGUCAGCUGCAUCACAACUAAAAUCAGCUACAGCUCAGCUCCUUUUUCUUUUAUUUUUUAUCCCUGAUUUUAGUCCGACUUGACUGACUGACAGCCUAAAUCAAGAGUGACUUAACUCUGACUUGGCUAAGGUCAGGGGUCGUUAGGACUCUAGUAGACCCCGUAGAUCUUCUAUGGGGAGACUCUGGGUGCUUAUCUUUGUUUUUGCUUCAUCAUUUGUUGUGAGGAAAUAGCCAAGAUUUUAACAUUUUUAUUUAAUUUUUAUUAUUUAUAUAGGGGGAAAAUCAUGCACUUGUGGUUUAUGAAGUAUCUGUAUAUGUACUAUUAUAACUGUUUAAUAUACCCUUAAAAACAUUCAUGCAAAAAGUCUGUUAUAGCGUACUCUUUUGCUGUCAGUAAGUGUGCUUGUGUUCAUGAUUUCUUGUUGAAAAUCUCCUUUUUCGUAAGGAAAUGUUUAGAUUAUGGAAAUACAGAUAUUCUUUGUUAUUUUCUUGUCUCGGGGGUUCUGAACUUUUAUUGCCUUCCACCCCAACAGAAGAAUGACAGAUUCAAAAACUCUCCUGCCUUAAAGGAUAUGGGGGGGUUGACCUUUCACCUCUCACUGUCAACAUUUAGAUUGUAUUUUUGUUGUAAUCUCUUAAUGCUAAACUCUAUAAUGCAUUCAGUGGGUUUAUUUUGACGUGUUUCAUCUGUUAUUGAUUUAUUCAACUAGGGCAUUAGAAUUACGACGUUUAUUUUAUAUUUAAUUCAUUUUCAGGAGAAAAUGUAUUGUUAUACUCAAUAAGCACCACACUCAAUAAUCACUCAGUUUGAUCCUGGCCACUACCUGGCGCAAGGACGCGCUAUCCUAAUGCCUUGUAAUUCACUGAUGAUAGGGGUUGUUUGGCACAUACAAUGUGUGUUUAUGACCUAUGGUUGUCUCAAAUUGCACCCCUAUUCCCUAUAAGGGGCCCCUGGUUAAAAGUAGUGCAUUAUAUAGGGAAUAGGGUGUCAUUUGGGCUACAGACACAGUGUGUGUGUAUGUAUAUUCUGGGAACUCUGUGCUGCAGCUCAUUCUCCAGUGUUGACCUGAAGGAGUAUUGUAUUGGUCACACUGGGAUGCAUUAAUGAGUCAUGUCCGCAAUGAUGUCUGUCUUACUUAUCCACAACCACAAUGGCUCAUUUCAUGUGUAACAGUAUAUAUGAUUAUAAAUAUUCCAUCAAGGUUGAAAUAAUUGAAAUCUUGUGUAUAUCUUUGAAUAUAAAUAAAACCUCAUGUAACAUUCCA